CACCACCACCAACAACAACAACAACAACACCAACAACAACAGCACCAACAACCAGUACGAGUACUACAGUAACGAUAACCCCAGAACCUCAUAAAACGUUGCAAGUGAUGCUGCAACUACAACUACCCUGGAUUACUGCUUACCUAAGUAAUACUUCGUCAGAAUAUCGUAGUUUAAAAGAUAAACUAACGGGAAACGCGAUAGAAGUACUCAAAGACAAGGUGGUCAUAACAAACCUCAGCUUUAAGCCUGGUAGUGUGGUCGCAGACUUUUCUCUGCGCAUGAGAUCCUCAAUCGAUGGAGAGAAACUCAUUAAGGACUCAGUGACUUCCGGUUCCUUUGGUCAGAUACCUGUAAACAAAACUUUUGAUCCGUUUUCAAAUAUUACGGGAAGUAUUUCCUUAAACAUCCAGAACCAGAGAAUUUCAAUCUAUGAGAAUUCAACGCUGUCCAUAAAAUGUAAGGGACAGAUUUCUAACACACAAACCCUGUCCGCCGGAAAUGCGCUCAUUUGGACAUUGAAAGGCUUUGAAAUUAACAGUAAAAGCGAAUCGAGGAUCUAUACUGCUCAAGAGCCAGAAGGAAACAUCCUGAAAUUUAAGACUGUAAAAUUAUCUGAUAAAGGUACAGCACGGUGUUUCUUUGGAGGCGCCGUCAGAGCGAACACUUUAGAGAUUACCAUAGAAGUAAAGCCUCUUCCAAGAGUUGAAAUUAGCCCCAACCCAGUAUAUGUAGAGGAAGGCAAAAAAGUUGACGUGUCUUGUUCCAUUACCAACAACGUGAAUGGCAUGGUCUAUAUAAAUUCCACUAAAGCAGCUAAAGGAACAAACACUACUAAGAUCACAUUUGACAGAAUAACUAAAGAUCAGUCUAUUAUUUGCUAUGCUGUGACUGAUAAGCAAAAAGGACCAACGAAGAAAGCAGUUCUUGAAUUUAUUGCCAAAGAUACGAAGAUGUGCGACAGUUUCACGGACGAUGACGGAAAUAAAUGGCCAGAGACAGCUUCUGGCAAAACAGCCGAGGUUCCAUGUCAAGGAGACUUUACAGGAAUGAUUUCUAGAUAUUGUGCAGAAGAUGAAAAAUGGGGCAAUCCGAACGAUGAGCUUUGCGUCCGACGUGUUUUCAUCGAUAUUAUCAACAAUCUUGUUGACAUUGAGGACAAUAUCCACACGGGUACCGCUGAGGUCUUGGACAUGUUAGUGAACGUCACCGAAGAUACAGCCAACACAACUCUUAGCACCGGAGAUGUUAUCACUGGAGUGAGUGCUUUGGACAAAAUAGCAGCAAUCCAGGAGGAUGUGAAAGUUGUGGAGGAGGACCAAAUCAAACAAUUUUUCGAAGCUGUAGACAAUAUUUUGGCCCCUAAACGGAAACAAAACUGGGAGACUAUGAACAAAAAGAAAGAGACUUCAGCGACAUCAUUAUUGAAGACUUUGGAGAAUUAUGGAGAAAACGUGGCUACAAAGAUUGAAAAUGCUACGGAAGCAACCAUUAUGACAGAAAACCUUGGUAUGACAUCGCUAUUGAGUUUUAAAGACUUUUUUCUUCCCCAUCUCAAUUAA